UCUGGUAAAUUUGAAUGAGAGUCAGUAUGAGUCAUAUUUUCCACUGUGAACUGUAAAGGGUGUUUGUUUGUGACAAGGUAAGCAAGGAACAACACAAGUGACUUUGAACUGGAAUGUAACCUAACAACUGCAUCAGCUGACUUUUACUGCACUAAAAGUAUUGUUAAAUUCUAGUAAGAUUGUUUGCAAUCGCAAUGAUCGGAUAUAGAGAUGUCAUAGACUUAAACUACACAGUUAUUAUGGCUGACAGAUUUCACAAUAACAAUAUUUUCACAAUAUCUAUUGGAUUUCAAAAAGAAUUAAUAUACAAUGCUUUUAGUCAAAUAUUUUUUUACUUUGUGUUUUCUUCGUUUGGACAAUGAAUCACACUUAAAAUACAGAUGUAGGGUGAUAAUUUGUAACCAUUUUGGGCAGCAUGUUAAACUGGUCAAACAUAGUAUCAUGUGUCAACCAGAUACUGACACUCACAUUGGGGCGGUUUCCCAGACAACGCUUGAGCGUAGUCUCAGACUAACUUUAAUGUAAACGGUGUCUUGAUUGAAAACAACUUGCACUGGCAUAUCUUAAAAUAUAUCAGUGCGAUUGUUUUGUCUCAAGAUGCACACCAGUGAUGUGUCUUUGUAAAGUAUGCCUUUAAAAACAACUUAAAUAUCCUAAUUUAACCAGGGCCUAGUCCUGGUUUAAGAUAAUCCCUGUCCGGGAAACCGCCCCUUUAUCAAUUGUGAAGUAUUAACACAAUAUUAAUGAUCAUGGUGAAUCAUUUAAACAUUGUUUUGCUUUAGUUUCUGUAGUCACUUCAUGUGACACUUGUUAAAACGCUUGAAAUAUGUAAAUCUGUACGAAAUCUUUUCAUGUUAGGUUAGCUUUUUCUAGAAAAAAAUCAAAUCAAAUCACUUUUAUUGUCACAUCACCAUGUUGUUGAGUGAAAGUCUUGAGUGCGUGCUCCGUACAAAGCAGAAUGUAGUUGGACAUACAACUGUGAUAUACAUACAGUGCAAAGUAUAAUCAGACUGUACAAAAGACAAUAUACAUCAUACACAUAUACACAGUACAAAACAUACCCUACACAAGAUAUACGCAUUAGGUAUUGCCAUUUUGUGACGGUAUUAUCCGUUUUCUUUUUACAGUUUUGUUGAGGUGUAUAGGGUCUUGAGAAGCUGCUAGACAGACCGGUUUCCUCUAGGAAUGUCACAUUUGCAUCUUCACAGACCAGAGAAGUGGGUCUAUCUGGUGUUGGCUUGUGGUCAGAUUUUGGCCACGCCUGCACACAAAUUUAUUUUCCUUUUUCUCUGCACCCCAGUCUUUACUGUGUGUGUUGAAGAGGAUGAUCACCUCUGAUUCUUCAGCAUCUUCAUCACAACCAUUUUUUAAAUAUAUUAUAUCUUUUCGUUGUUUAAACUAAAGUUAGCACCAUGGAUAUUAUCUUCCUAUUUCUGUCAUUCCUGGUUUUGAACGGUAAGAUUAUAUUUUUACCUACUUCAUCUUUCAGUUAAUACACCACCGCUGCUCGCAUGUUUUCCAUACAGACUACAACUGUAACGCGGACUGUCACCCGUUAACUUGUUGAAUCCAUUUGCCGUAUUUAUUGAACACAAUGUUUAUUGUAAACAAAACCAGCGAUCCAAACACAACGUGAAACAGAGUCCGUAAACCAAAAACCGCGAUCAAGAGCUGGCAGAAAGACAUACACGAGAGAACGCUCGGAAAUGGCAAAUAAGUGACGGUGCGUUCCAAACGGUAUAUAUCGCCCUGGGUCGGGCACUUCGGGAAGGAGACACAUCAAACGCCGCAACAAAUCAUGAGAAAAUCACAUUUUUCAAUGUUCCUUUCUGAUGCGGAGAAAAACAUUCGCCCACAGGAGCAGGUUCCGGAAGUGAUGCAGGAGGCUUCAGUGGUAGUCUCAGGGAAUGGCUCCCUCUGGUGGUUGGAAGAAUUGUUGACGGGCACAGGAGUGACGACAACACAGCUGCUGUCUUUAAAUACCUUGUGUGUGUUUGGUGAUGAAGUGAAGUCAGUGUCAGUGACGGAGGGACAUUCUGUUACUCUACACACUGAUACUGAACUACACACAGAUGACAAGAUAAUGUGGUAUUACGGACCUGAAAACACUUUUGUUGCAAGAAUCACAAGAAAGGAUGAGAGCACCAUGUUGUCUGACGAUGAGAUAUUCAGAGACAGACUGAAGAUGAACAAUCAGACCGCAUCUCUCAUCAUCACACACAUCACAUCUCAACACUCUGGACUUUACACACUGAAGAUCAGCAGCAACAAUAAAGUAUCAUACAAGAUCUUCAACAUAACUGCAAAUACCCGUCUGCCUGUUCCCAUCAUCUCCAGAGACUCUUCUCAAUGUUCUUCAUCAUCUUCAUCAUCAUGUUGUUGUGUGUUGUGUUCAGUGAUGAAUGUGUCACAUGAUGUGAGCGUCUCCUGGUACAAAGGAAAGAGUUUAUUGUCCAGCAUCAGUGUGUCUGAUCUCAACAUCAGACUCUCUCUACCUCUGGAGGUGGAAUAUCAGGACACAAACACAUACAGAUGUGUGGUCAACAAUCACAUCACAAACCACACACAACAUCUACACAUCACUCAAAUCUGUCACACGUCUGAAGAUUCCCACAACAUGAUGGUCAUUAUACCAUUAGUUGUAUGUGCUCUUAUGAUCUGUGUGGUGUGCAUGAUCAUCAUCGGUGUGUACAUAUACAAAAGACCAGAUGAUAAAGUAAAUUCCAGCAGUCUGACUCAUGAAGAAGAGAAGUCCAGCCAGAGACUGAUCUCCAGCGAGGCUGAAGACAUGAAUGGACAGGAGAACUUUGGACAAAAACAGUGAUACAUCUAAAAACAUUCACCUGAUGGAUGGACCAACAAUUUUCUAGAAAAGGCGCCAAAACCCACCCCAAACCCUAACUUAUCCCCAUUUCAGAGGCAAAUGAUUGGUGAAUAACAAUGGUUUAGAAGCACUUACCCCCAGCCCCCAAGCAAGAAGGUCGACAAACUCAGAAAAGCCCUUAACAAACUGUGGGUUUGGAUAACACUACACGGUGGACUUUACCUAUGGCAUGUAUAAGCUGCACUUGCGUGAUCUAAAAAAUACCUUGUGCACAUGCGCAGUGCAGUGCUGCUAUGUCUUAUACAUCUUAUGUUUACGUCUAUUAAAAAAAAAUAAACGAAACUCGCCACAAGAGCCUGUUUUAUCCAUUCAGAGGCACGCGCAUAAUUAAGGGAAUGGGGCCACGCGCUGUAUGUUCUGCCGGGCUUUAUAACAUGACAUGAAGCAAAGAGAGAACAUAGUUUAUUCGACAACUUCCAAAUUUGAAAAUAAGGACUCUAUUGACAUCAUACACCCAUCUAAAGACGAAGUUUGAAGUGAGAUGUUACGCUUGCGCAGUGUUACCAGGUCCUGCUACGUUUAAUGUAGACGAUUGGUAAUUUUUUAACGGUUCACUCGGUUGUUUCUUUCCGCGGGUUAAAAGAAUAAUACUGUUGUUCAUCACAUGUUGAUACUUGGGCUAUGCGAGGUCAUUUGAGGUAGUUUUUGGAUCGUUUUGAUUUGUCAAUUGGACUGGAUUUGUUACGCGCGUCUGGCAACCCUAGAUGUGCGCUUGCGCAGACGUUUUGUUCGGAAUAAAUUUCAUGUAGCCUACAUGUAAACACAUUUUUGAAUAGUAUUGCAACAUUUAGGGGACAUGUAAACUACACUGAAAUAACCUGAUAUUGAUAAUUACCUGAUACUGAAAUUAUCUGAUAUUAUAUUGAAUUCAUUCGGAUUGACAAAAAUGGGUGCAUAAAUUUAGCCACUGUGACGUUUUUCGGAGACUGGAAGGGAGGAAAUUGUUUAAUAAAGUUAUUUUUGUUUUAAAAAAUUGUUUCAUAAAAUGAAGGAUGAACCACUGGAGUCACAUGGACUAUUAUAACGAUGUCUAAACUAACUUUCUGUCUAUGGAGAUUCAGAAAGCUCCUGGACCUCAUCAAAACUUUCUUCGUUUAUGUUCCCAUUCCCAAGAUGAACCGAGGUGUUACGGUUGUGUGACGAUUUAAAGGGGAGUAAUCCAUGACAGAAUUUUCAUUCUGCAUGAAAUAUCCCUUUGAAUUUAUACAUUUACAAACUAUGGUUCAACGUUCACCAAACUUUUUAACCCUCAUGCACCCGCAUGGACAUUUUUGUCCUUUUAAAUUAUUUUGUCACUUUGGUUGU